UGGGAAAGAAUUUGAUCCACAUCAGCUUGUCUUGAUCGGCUAGAGCCUCGACCAUAACUCCUGUGGAUGGAUUUACGCCUCCGCCACCUCGCACACCUCUGGAUUUAAUUCAUGGCACGGGGACAUCUUAAAUCUGGUGCCAAUCAAUAGAGAGCAUCAAGAAGCGGAGGGGAAGGGUCGGGAGGGGGAGGGAGAGUGUCACACCUCCUCCUCCUCCUCCUCCAACAUCUUUGCGAGCGCGGAGUAGGAGCUGCAAAAGUGCACCAACCCAAGAGGAAGAAGGGAUGAGGGGCACAGAGGUGGGGGUGAGAUACAAAAAAAGGCGUGCAUUCAUUCAUCUCAGCCUGACCGAGGACAGCAUGCCAAGCGCGGCACACUCCAGCGACUCAGCUUGCUUCCAAAUACCCCCCCAAGCUCCUUCUUUCUUUCUUUCUUUCUUUCUUUCUUUCUUUCUUUCGCACAUGUGAGCAUAUAGUUUUCAUCAGUACUCUCCAUGCGCACACUUGCGAGUGAGUAGCGGUGGGCUGUGCGGGGGUAGGUGAGGUGGUGGUGGUGGUGGUGGUGGCGGUGGGGGGCGCGUGAGGAGCGAACCGCGGUCCUUACCUGCGCCUACUGUGACGCACUCCGGGACGCCGCAAGGAGGCGACGCAAAGGCGGCCGUGCAUGGGCCCCAAUUGCCGCGAGUCCCCCGGGAUGGCGUGCGGCGCCUGUUACUACCUGGUGAUCAGCUCCACGCAUCUCAGCAACGGACACUUUCGGCGCGUCAAGGGGGUUUUCAGGGGGCCUCUAUGCACCACAGCGGCGUGUGAGUCACCGGUAAGUGCCGAGCGAGCAUUGGGCUGCUCAGCGGAGGAUCUGAAGUCUCUUUUCUACUGCGAGCUGUGUGACAAGCAGUACCUGCGCCACCAGGAGUUUGACAACCACAUCAACUCCUACGACCACGCACACAAACAGAGACUGAAGGAACUCAAGCAGAGGGAGUUUGCUCGCAACGUGGCCUCUAAGUCAUGGAAAGACCAACGCAAACAGGAGAAAGCUCUCCGACGCCUGCACCAGCGUGCACGGCUGCAGCAGGAACGCCAGCGUGGCCAAGGGAGGACUUUUGAGCUCCAGACUGCUGUCAGGCUUGUCAGCCAGCAGCAAGACAAAAGCACCGCGCACAAAGCCUGCAGCCCUGUGGACAAAUUUGAAGCUUUCAAACACACACACAGGCCCCCAGCCAAACACGGUGGUACAUCUCCACUGAGCCACCAGCGAGAAAAUCCAUGCCGGCCUCUCUCCCAAACACCACUGCUCACUCCGACCGAGUCCCUGCUAAUCACUCAUCCAGAGUCCGAUAAAGGUCCUCCUGCAGUGAAUCAGCAACCGCAUGUGGGCUGCCAGCUGCCUCUGGAGGGGCGGGGAAGAGUCGGAGGCAGGCGUGGGGUGUCCUUCUGUUUCUCGCGAAGGGGGCCGCGGCUGGAGCCCUCCGCCUCAGUUUUCUCUGACCAGGAGGAGGAGGAGAAAGAGAGGCGGCAGCAAAUGAGAAAGCGGAUUCAGGGCCUUUUGGAAGACAUUGAAAGGGAAAUUGAGGGCGUUGGUCAAAGUAAAAUGGGAGGAAAAUGCACAAAGGACGCCGAAAUAAGGGAGACCUUGAAAGAUAAUCAAAGCAGUGAUUUAGCACACUCGACGUCACAUGAUGAGCUAAAGCAGGCACCAGGAGCAGGUGUCGGUGCGCACAUAUCCGUUCUGUGUAAAGAUGGUUCCACCUGUGUUCCAUGGCCUGUCAGUUUACUGAAGUUCACCAAGUGUGAGCCAUGCGUCUCUUAUAGCUGCAACCCAAACAGCACAAAGCAACCCCAAACGGCAGAACAACUUGCACAGGAUCAGCUAUGUGAUCUCCUGGAUGAAUUGAAACCAAGUGAGUCAGCUAUUCUUACACCAGACACUCAUUACUGUUUACAAAAAGGGAUGAGUUCCGCGCACGAGCCGAAAAAAGCGGAGAAUGUCGAGGCAGAAGCACACCAGUUUGUCGAGAACAAAAACCUUUCGUCUUCAGGGGACGGAUCAGAAGGGCCGUCACGCAUGCUAAGUAUAGAGCAUCAUGUGCGGGCGCCCUCCUUUCCAUUUGACCCCACUCAUAGUGACAGCUCUGACACAAACCCCCCGACUCCUCCGGGAGACAGAUUAGCAGGCACAGGGGGGAUCGAGGAGAGAGCCAUCUCAGCCCUAAGCUGUAAAUUAGAAUCUGUCACCAAGCUUGGCACACGCAGGACAUGCAUCGGCUCGGCAAGGUGUGAGAGAGAGAGUGCGACCGCGUGCAAGAGUGCCAGCGAUCCUCAUCCGCAAGGAGGUAUCUCGUGCAGAAAGAGUAAACACAGCACAAAGAAGCCCAAGCUGGCAAAGAGAAAGACGGGGAGAAAGCGAAAGUCCGCAAAUGGGCGCAAAUCAGUAAGAUGCAAAGUGAGGAGUGUUGUCUCUGCAGUCUCCAAUGUGAUCGCCAAAGGAGGAGAGACUGGAGAGAAUUGGCGAGACAAAAAGGGACAACGGGAGAUGGAGGCAAGAGGGACUGUUUGGAGAGCUGGGAGCAGCUGUCUUCCAGGGAGAGCCGAGACCAAGCCAGUCUAUGUCUCUUUCAGGAAGAUGAGGCCUCACAGGAGUCUCUGCUCAGCAUCCCAGUUCUUACUCGGCAGGAAGCGAGGGGAACCCUGCCGCGCCUUUUCCCAGUUUACCGGAUGCAUGCCUGACACAGAAGGGGAGCCAGUCCCCCGGAGAUCUCGUUGCUCCUUACACUCUUUCUCACCAGGAUCUAACACAAAGCUGUUUUGGGAAUCGGGUCACCAUAGCAACCCCAGGAGUUUCAUUGACUGCAGUUACCCUGACAACAGCUGUAGUGGCAGCCCGGCGAGAAAGAGAAAACUCCUCCAUGGGGACAAGAGAUUCAUUCACAGUAACAGAAGUAGUUCAGGACGUUAUGGGGAGACAGACAAAGGAAGAGAAAGCGGGAGGCAUUUUGGUUCCAAAGGCCGAGGUUUGGUCUCGGACCAGUGGGAGUUGACUGAGGAGAAUGGCAGGCUGAAUUCUGGAUGGAGAUGGAGAAAGAAGGCGAUAGGAUGGGAGUGGGGAAGUAGGUACAGCAGAAGUCCAAGCAGCAGGGAGAGGACAAGCAGGAGAGCAAGCAUGGAAGAUGUAGAUUGGGACAAGUUGACAUUGGGAAGUAGUGACAGUUGGGAAGAAAGAGGGACACGCAGGUCCAGCUCAGGGUCCAGAACCGGUACCGACAGCAGGAGGAGCCCCAGCUGUGCAUGGGGAUCUGCAGGCACAGGACGCUCGAACUUUAUGUGUGUGCCUAGCCCUGAAUGGUGGACAAGUAGGCGGGUAUACAGUCCGCCAAGGGAGUUUAAACCAUACGAGUCCAGCAGAUGCCACGGGCCACGUUCCUGCAGCCCUUGCAGCAGCAGCAGCAUCAGCAGUGUGUCUGAGCUCAGCUGGGAGUGGAGCAAGAGCAGCGCCUCCUCAAGUAUGAUGCGCGGGAGACUCCCAUCUGAGGUAAACGCACAAAGUGAAGUCACAUCUCUUUCACCCGACCUCAUCUUCAAUGGCGGAGAUGCUUCAUCAGACCCCACUGCACAUAUCUGUGACAGCAAGAUGUCUCAGCUGGAAAGGACCAAGUCACUGUCAGACUGUGACCAUGGACCUCUUGUUUUUCCAACCACAAACAAAAGCAUCCCAUGCCAAAGUGAUUCCGUAUCACAGAAACCAAUGCGGACAUUGCAGCUCCCCCUCAUCGGGAAGCUCCCUGCAAUCCAGACAAAAGCGAGGAGGAGAAAAAAAGAGUUGGAAAGAAUUCAGAGGGAGGCUGGUGAUGAGGAGGUGAGUCAGAGGUUGGACAGUGAACAUCCUUUGGGCUUGGCUAAGUCAAACCAAAGCAAUACACCAAAUCUAUGUGCAGUGGAAAUUAGGACGGAUGACAAGAAGACAGGCGCAGGGCCAGCUCAGCCAAUCAGCUUUAGUGCAGAGGAGAUGGACAAGUAUCGGCUCCUGCAGGAACAGGCCAGAGAGCACAUGCAGAAAGUUCUGGAACAAAGUGAAGAGAGCACAGAUGUGCCCGUGGGGACAAACCUCACAUGCACCACACAGAAAGACGACUGCGGGACUCCAGAGAAGGCGUACAUGCCUAGACCCUCAAUCAAGGCUACACAGAAUCCUCCCACAAUGCCAACAGGUCCCAAUCCCCAAGAAAGACUCCUACGCAUGAACCCACAAGAGGAUUUUGCGCCACCUUUGGCUUUGGGUGUCCCCAGCCUUCCUCCCCUUGCAUUGACCCCUCCUUUCGCCAACCUCCAUCAUUUAAUUUUACAGCACCCAGCUUUCUCCACAGUUCAUUCCGCCGCCUCACACCCCUCUCCUGAUGUCCAGCCGGGCCAGCUCGCUCACUCACUUACCCACCCCCGCCCGAGCCUACCUCAUUACCUUCACCCUUCUCCCGUCCCUCUCUCAUCCCUCUUUCCCUCCAUCCUCCUUGCUCACCACGCCGUCCCUUUCCUCCCUCCUCCACCUCCCCCGCCGAUGUCCUCCUUCCACGCAAACCCUCUCACUCCUCUUUCCACUCUAGCCCUGCAGCCUUCCAACAAUAUGCGGCCUUUCAUGGACACAGUAUGGCGAGUUCGGUUCCAGCAGAAGGCCUUGGAACAGUCGCAGAGCUGCAGCCAUGUUCAUUAAUUUUUCAUGGCAAGAGAGAGCACGCUAUUGGAAAUGUGCUGGUCAGGGAUCAAUUUGAGGUCCUCUCCACACAUACAGUGUGUUAUUGACUGCGUUUGAAUUGAAAAUGUGUUUCUACAUUAAUCCCCUGCCGCGUGGCAGCCGACAGUGACACAACCGACUUUGAUCAUUUGCUUUCUCGAUCAUUCAACCUUAUAAUAAAGGGAAAGGUGCACCUGCUAUUCAAAGACAAGCUGGGCUUGUGUCAUCUUUCUUCUUUGUAUGUGGCCCGCUACCUUUGAUGUGUAACAUGCAUGCCCCUGAUAAGGAGGCGAGAGGAAAUCACAUUGCUUCUUCUGCCUUUGGUUCCAUUUCACACAAGUGGUGAAAAGUAUGACUUUCAAACCAUCAGAACUGAAGUUGUAGCACAAGCACUAUUCUUACUUGGACACAUUUGAAUUUAGCAGGAUUGUGUCCUAAAUUCGGGGAAAGAUUUGGGGGAGCUCCUUGAAAAAGCGUCUCUUUGUUUUCGAGAAUUAACGAAGGUAUUGAAAAUGUAAUCCCCUACCUCAAAACUCUUUACAAAGUCAUGAAUUUGAAACUUCAAGACAAUAACCUACUAAAUUGUUGGAAGAACAUGUUGAGCUAGAGCCGUACUUAUACGAGCAGCUGAAUUGCAGUAGGUGUCACCUGUAUAUCUGUUUACUCUACAUGAUUUUGUGUUUUGUAAAUAUUCUAACCGAGUUUAAGUUCGAGUCAUGACAAACAACAAGAUAAAAGCCCAUCCAUACUUCACUGUCUACUUCAAAACACCAAAUGACUUUGGUGGCAAUGACACAUUUCCCUACCCACAUGUAUUUAUGAAAGUUGUUGCGGCAGCAGUCUGAUCUGUGCUGAAUUAAAACACACCUUGAAUAAAUAA